AUGAGCCAGAGAGAUAUUGACCGUUCUCGUGCUGAUAAGGACCAGAAAUGCAUGAACUGCCAGCAAGAGAUCGAGGACCGUCUUCCCGAUCUUGACGAUGCCCUCGAAGAAGAACGCAUUCGAGAAGAACACCGUCGACAGACAGCUCCAAGCUCAACACUGAGCACCGUCUCGGGAUCUGCGGUUGGCUCUGGUGUUCAGUCUCGAGCACAAUCUAGUAGUGGUGACGGCAUCUAUCUGGGCGACGACCGUGAGUCUGCCUGGGGUGGUAUGGACACCCAUUCGCAAUCUCCCACCAACACCGAGGUCUCUGCUCCGCGCAGCACCUCCAGCUACUCCGGACGUGGCUCCAAGAACAGCUUUGCGAAGCAAGGCGCCUACAAUCCACCAAUUCAAGCACGUGUGCAAAACCAGCUCGAGCGCGAGGAAAGACAAAGACAAGAAGCGCAAAUGGCCAGCAAGCAAGACAGCUCUGACGACGACGAUGACUGGGAACUGUGA